AUGAAGAACCGAGCCAGAAAUGAUAAUGACUGUUGUAGUCUGUUGUUUUUAAGAUAUGUUAUAUUUGUUUUUAAUACAGUAUUUUGGAUAACUGGUUUAGCAUUUCUCGCAAUAGGUGUUUGGACACUAACUAGUAAACAUGACUAUAUUAGUUUACUAGGUAACAAUAUGUUUGGUGCCACUACUAUUUUAUUUAUUAGUAUUGGUUGUAUUAUUAUACUGGUUGGUAUACUAGGUUGUGUUGGUACCAUCAAAUCUAUUAGAUUCUGUCUUGUAUUAUAUGCCUGUUUAUUAAUAGUGAUAUUUCUAUUAGAAGCAGUAGCAGGGAUAUUAGCCUAUAUGUAUGAAGGAGCUAUUCGAGAUGAAUUGACACGUAAUUUAAAUGAAACAAUGAUAGAAAAUUAUAGAUUUGAUACAAGAAUAGAUGAAGCUGUUGAUAGUAUGCAGAGAGAGUUUCAGUGUUGUGGAGCUGGUUCCUAUAAAGACUGGAAAUAUUCCAGAUGGCUACGCUUAGAUACAACAACAUCAAAUAGAGCUCCAGAUUCAUGUUGUAUGACACCAAGCCCGAAUUGUGCUGGUAGAGAUCAUCCAUCUAAUAUCUACUGGACUGGAUGUUCACGGCAAUUAGAACAUUUUAUUAAAAACCAUCUAAUAAUAAUUGGUGGUAUUGGUUUAGGAUUCUGUUGUAUACAGGUGUUUGGAAUAGUAUUUGCUUGUUGUUUAGCUAGAAAAAUAAAGGAAAGUAAAGAAGGAUAUUGAGCUGAGGUUCUAUCAGGAUGAAACUUGAUCUAGUCAGAAAUAUAUACCUUAUAUAGAGAUUAUUGUCUCCUAGCAUUAUAGUCUAUAUUAUGUUUUGAGCUGAAUGAGGGCCUCUUUUAUUUUUAAUCCUAUUUUUACGAUUAAAUUUUAAUUUUCCUCAGUAUUUUAUAAACAAAAUUUCAGACAUUUUCUGCAUUU